UAAGAGUCUUUGUUGCGACUGUCCCAGAAAGUGAUUAUUAGAUUCACGGGGGUGUUUUUCUCUGAAAGAUUUUUAUAGCCUGGGGCAGUCGGAACGUACAGACAGGGUUUUGUCCUGAUUUAAGAGCAUUCUUGUUAUUUGACACUGGACGGCAUUUUAAAAAAUUAAGUUUUCGACAGCAGGUUUUAUCGACCGACUUCACGUAGCAUUUCCUUGAAAAUCAAAAAAAUACCAUAUGUUAUAGAAUCAAAAAUAUUAAAUUUCAUUUCCAGUCUAAAGGUGUAAGAUUUUGUUUUAAUUUUGAGUAUUUUCUGUGAACAAAAAGUUCAAUGACUUAGAAGCCAUAUUUGCCAUUUUACCAUUUGCUUGAAGCUUGGGAAAUGGAAAAGGUACACUCUGAUGCACAUCGUCAUAUGGUCACCACCAGAAGCAGUUGGGUGGAGGAAUGGCUGUUAAAGUCACACUCCUCUGAAGAACCGAAUAACCUUCAUGCUCACAACCGAGAUAAAGACAAUCAACUAGUAGCACCUCGCAUACCUCGAAGACCCAAAUGGCCCUCAGUGUUCACCCAGAGUCAUCUGGAUGGUGAGGUCAAAGAACAAGUUAUAACUGACGGGAAUCAAUGGCGACAAGGAAGUGUAGUUGACAACACUGUUCUCGAUUCAUUCGAAAAGUGGAAGCAGAAUGUGGCUAGGAAGAAGGACUUCGCCAGGCAGAUUGACCAGAGUAGUCGACAACUGGCAGAACAACAAGUGAAGCUCGAAUCAGAUAUUGUAUCGUAUGAGUUGAGACCUAACGCGCAUCAGGAGGGGAGUGCUAACGAUUUUGAAAAAUGGCAAGAUGCAGUGAAGCACGCAAAGAAACCAUCGUUGAAGUCAUUCCAAGAAGUGAAUUCACAAGAAACUCUUCCGAGAAUCGAAACAGCGCACAUUUUGACACAUAACCUCGACGAGGUCAAGAACAAUUUGAAACCAGCUCCUGAGUUUUUGUCUCAGAGAAGUCGAAAAUUUAAAACUACGAAAGAUGAUGAUAAUGAACAGAAAUAUUACGACUGGAUUUUUCAAACUAACCGAGCUCGCAAAGUUCUUUUUCGACAAGCCGACAUCGUCAACGAAAUGCCAAAACGGACAAUUGAAACAGCAAAUCAAAAGGUAGAAGCAGCAGUAUUUGAGCGUGAGUACGUUGACAACUCUGAUGAUGUAAUAGACUUCGGCUUGCCCGAAAGACGAAAACAUUCGCCGGUUCCCGGUUUAGAAGUUGCCCAUGGUUUAACAUCACUCGAGCAGCAGUCAAUUUAUGAGAGUUUUGUCCGAAUGAAAAUUGUGGAAGAAAGGUCAAAACGGGCGAAGAUUAUGCGACUAGGAGCUAAGUAUGAAACGAAAACUUCAAACGAACUAACGGCGGAGGAGUUAAAGCCGAGAAACCGGACAAUUACUUUUGGGGGAGAAACUGACGGCUCUAAUAGAAUUCCACGAGCCAUUGGAAGUAAAAAACUUGAAGGAAUACAAAACCUACGAGAAAUUCAAAUAUUAGAUCCAUUUCUUGUUGAAAGUUACGAUCAACCAACGAUGCAAAGAGCCUCUAAAAAUGUCAGCCAGUUUCCAGUAGCCUCCGAAAAUUUGAACGAUCCAAACUUUUCGCGACCAAAAAGGAGAAAUUAUCGUGAUGAUUCAAGUCGUAGCGAAUUCGCCAUCUUUUCAGAUGGCGUUUUGCUGCCUGAAGAUUUGAAGCUGAACUUAACACCCUGAUCAAA